AUGAUCUUCCACACAGGACCGACAAAGCCUGCCCUGGUGCUGCUGUGCUGUGUAGGAGCCUGGCUGGCCAUCUGCAGCUCCUCCUUUGGUGCACCCAUAUCAAAGACAAAUUUACAACAUACACUUAAACUCUUGAAAGUGGAGUCGAAGGCUCUUUAUGAAGACUAUAACAAAACCGAGGCAUCUGGGAUAUCGCCAGACGAGUCGCUACAGCUGCCGUGUUUCAGCCUGGGCCGAGAAGCACUGACCAACAUUUCGGCCCUCAAAGCAUACCUGGAGGAAGUCAAAUCGUUGAGCGGGAACACAGUAGAUACUACUAAGCUCACAAAAUGGCUGGUCGACAUCAGCUGUUUGAACCCACUGAAUGUAAACAUUUCCAGGCCUCAAAAAACUGACUCCUACACUCAAAAAACAUUCAUACUUAGUGUUUUAAAGAAGUUCUCAGACUGCAUGGCAGAACUGCAGGCUAAAGACAAUAUAUGCUGAGUGACGGCGGGGAGAGCCCAGUGUCCUGGGACAGCUGAGCCUGCAACGUAGGACUUGACCCCAAAGAGACUGUGCCGUCGUAACUAGCCAUGUUAUUUAUAUGUUUUUGUUCUGUCCAUUGAAAUCUUAUUCUUCUACCCUGUAGGGACUGGAAUUUGCAGAUUAUAUUUAUUUAUUGGUAUUUAUGUACUGAGUUUGUUAACGCUCCAUGGAGGAGCCCUCAGAGUCUAUUUAAUAAAUUAUACCG